AAGCCAACUAACUACCAAUUGUUUCUCAUCCUUUUACUUUUUCUCCUUUGUUCUCUCCAUUUUUUUUCUAUUUAAAAUCAAUUUUCUUUGUCUAUGUUUUUGAGUUAUGCAUAUGGCUCAUGAUAUUUCAUCUUCUAAGUUUUCUUCAAAGUGUGACAUAAAUUUUUUAUCCGAUGAUUUAUUAGCCGAAAUCUUCACUCGUUUACCAUUCAGAUCCACCGUUGGAUGCAAAUGUGCUUCAAAACGUUGGCUUGAUUUGAUUUCAAGUCCUUAUUUCAUAACACAAUUUGUAUCACAUCAACACUUUCUUUACAAAUCAAUUUUGAUAUUUGUCACUCCUCAUGAACUCAUGUUAGCUUUUCGGGAACAAUCUCAAUCAUAUUGUUUUUCUCGAAAUAAUUCGUCUUUAAUCGAGGAUAUCUUGGACAAACAAAAAAGUCAAUCUUUAGAAAUUCCCGUUUCUUUUUCUCCGGAUAUGCUUCUCAAUGGAAGCAUAUGUGGUUGUUCCAACGGUAUAUUCUUGUGUUGUGACAACAGAUAUACAUAUGGUAGCGGUUAUUAUGUUUAUAACCCACUCACAAAACAAUCUAUACCAAUACCUCCUUCUAAUUCGACAUCGAAUGAAAAUUUAUUCGCUGUGGGAUUUAUUUGCAAUCCUUAUUAUGAUGUACACGAAGGAAAAAAAAAUGUAUUAAAGAAUGUGGUGGCCGCUCCUUAUUCAGAUGAACGCAAUUUUCGAGUUGUGAUCAUUAAAUCCUUUAUAAUAAAGAUGUUUCAUAUCGAAGUAGAUGUUUUCUCGUCCGAGACGGGUUCGUGGGAACACAUUAUUAUGAAUUUACCUAAUGGAUUUGCUUUUGCUCCACAUUGGCUUCUAAGUUUGUCCUAUGAUGGAAGCUUGUAUUUCAUGGGUAGGACUAGCAUUUUUGUGUUUGAUCCUUAUACACAACAAAAGGAUACCCUAGAUUAUCCUCAAGAAGCUGAUUCAAUGAACAUAAUGAGUUUUGGGUUUCUUGGAAUCUCUUGUGGGAGUUUGAGGAUAGCUGAUAUUGGACAAAAUGAUUUGAGAGUUUGGGAACUCAUUGAAAAAAAUCAUUGGGAUUUGUUGCAUAGGAUUGAUAUAUCAACAAAGUUACCACAAAAAUUUUGUGCUAAUUAUUAUAAAAGGGUAGCUGGAUUUCAUCCAUAUGAUGGUGACAUUGUGUAUUUACAUUCUUAUACUGAUGGAGUUUUUGUUUGUAACCUUAGGACAAACAAAUUUGAGGCUAUUCUUGGUUAUGAAAAAACUGAUAUUAGUCCAUUUCAAUUAGAGAUAAAAGAUUUGUUGUUGCCUUCAAAAUCAUCAUCAUCCAUUGAAUAAGAUUAUUGGAUGAAUAGUAUAUUUGUUUAAUUUCUUAGAUUUUUAGGUGCUUAGUCUUUUUUAUUUUUAAAAAAGAAGAUUAUAUUUUCUAAGUAUUGAAUAAUACAAUUUACUUUUUUUAGUGCACUAUACAAUUGUACUUUAGUGUGUAUUUUUAAUUUAUGAUGGUGGAGUUUUCAUGUCA